AUGUUAUUUUACUCCGGUACAAUACGAUCGAUGGGGGAGGUCCACCACGGAAACACUGUCACAGACUACAUGGAGCAGGAGAGACAGAGAGGAAUAACUAUCACUUCUGCAGCAGUGUCUUUUCCGUGGCGAGAUCAUCAAAUCAACCUCAUUGAUACUCCGGGUCACAUAGACUUCACCAUGGAGGUGGAACUGAGUCUGGCGGUGCUCGACGGAGCUGUGGUUGUGUUGGAUGGUUCAGCAGGAGUAGAGGCUCAAACAUUGACCGUGUGGCGCCAGGCGAGCGGGUACAAGGUGCCUCGGAUAGUUUAUGUUAACAAACUGGACCGAACUGAUGCUGAUGCUGAAGCUUGUGCUGUCUCAGUUCAAGAGAAACUCCAUGCACUGCCACUUCUACUCCACAUACCGGUCAAGAUGGACGGGAGGCUCGUUGGGCUUAUAGAUUUAGUAACUCUAGAAGAGAUCAUUUGGACCCAGGGUCGAGGGAAGAACUACACGCAACGAAAACUGACGGAGACAACCGACGGACAUAAAUGGGAAUACGCGAUAAACAAACACAGAACACUCAUAGAUACACUUUCCUCUAUAGACGAUAAGUUGGCAGAGACAAUAAUACAACAAGAGUCACUGGAUAAUAUUAAGACAAAAGAAAUACAAGACGCUAUUAGACGAUGUACGUUAGAAAUGAAGGGCUUCCCAAUACUAUGCGGCAGUUCCUACAAGAACAUAGGAGUUCAGACUUUGAUAGAUGGCGUUAUAUCGUAUUUACCUUCUCCAUUAGAAAAGUCGGGAGUUUUUAAUAGUUUUGGUAGCGACCUGUGUGCGAGAGCCUUCAAGGUCCAACAUGACGACCAGCGAGGGGUCCUGACCUUCCUGAGGCUGUACAGCGGAGAGAUACACAAGGGACAGAAGAUAUACAACGUGCCCAGAGAGAUGAGCGAACAGACAGGGUCUCUGAGUGUGGCGCUGGCGGACGACUACCAGCCCGUGGACAGGCUCGCCGCGGGGAACAUCGCCGUCGUCAGCGGACUCAAGGUGAGUAACCUCAAACCAGUCAGCCGCGAGCCGCGCCAGGGAGAAGCUGGUCUCCACACUCAAGGAUCCGAGGAUCAAAGAGGACUGUUGGUGCCCAGCGCCAGGGUCAAGUUACAAGCUAUGGACACGGAGCCUACCAACGAGGAAGUCGCUGACAUGAUUCUGGGCAUUGGUACCAGUAUCCCAGAGCCGGUGUUCCUGUGUUCCAUCGAGCCCCCCGGUCCAGGUCAGCUGGGGUCCCUGGAGGCGGCCCUGGAGGAGCUGGUCAGAGAGGACCCCAGCCUGAGGGUGCACACGGACGAAGACACGGGGCAAAUGGUGCUCGCGGGUAUGGGCGAGCUUCACCUGGAGAUCAUCAAGGAGCGCAUCAUCAGGGAGUAUAAGAUCGACGUGGAGCUGGGGACUCCUCAGAUUUCGUACAGGGAGAUGCUGGAUGGACAGGCCAGGGAUAGGCAGGUGGUGGACCGGAAGAUAGGGAACGCCAGGCAGCUGGUGACGGUCGAACUGUCAGCUAGAACGGUCAGGGGAGUCGCCGCUGAUAAAGUAUUGAAACUGGACAAGACGUCUGAGAGUGCAGCCAACCUGGCCCACGUACAUCCUCGCAUCAUGAGCGCCGUGAGCCGAGGGGUGGCUUCAGCGCUAAGGAGAGGACCGCGGCUGGCAUGUCCGUUGGUGCACACCCAAGUAACGCUCCACUGGUUGGAAACUGGUCGCGGUACGUCAGAGAGCGUGGUGUCAGCGGCUGUCAGUCAGUGUCUGCGGCGCGUGUUCUCAGCAGCUGGUUCUGUACUGCUGGAGCCGGUCAUGCUGCUGCAGCUGGUGGUCCCGGAGUCACACUCCGCCCGCCUCAUGACUGACCUGGCCAGGCGACGGGCUGACCAGUUACAGGUCACGCUGAGACGAGACAAUAAGGUGAUAGAGUGUAUAGCGCCCCUCUCCCAGCUUGUGGGCUACUCCGCCGCCGUAAGAUCUCUCAGCUCGGGCCUCGCUUCCUUCUCCAUGCAGUUCUACGAGUACCGACAGAUGGCGCCACACGACGAGGAAGAGGCUGUGCGUCACGUCACAGGAUUUUAA